CUUCAUAGGUGAUUCAAAAUCUUGUCAAUUUUAUGAAGGGAUUUUGAAAUUGUAUGUAAAAUGGAAAAAACAAAUUUAACUGUUGGUGCUUUUUCGGUACCAUUUGUCGCAGGAUUUGUUGAAGAAGACGAUCAAGUUGUUCCUAACUUGAAGUCUCUUAAACAAUUUGCAGCUAUGCUUUCUGAUUAUGGCCCUUUCAACCUGACAUUCAUUCUACCCGAGGAAGGACAAUUGGGAGUGCUAACAGAAACUGGUUAUCAUGAUGGAGUUUUGGGUUUAUUACAAGAAGGUAAAGCUGAUAUGUGCUUCUUGCCAUUACCGUUGGAUACCCAAAAGGCCCCUGGUUAUUUCGCUUCAGUUAUAUCAGAAGAAGAGUUCUAUAUAGUUAGUGUACGUAAUCUGUAUAAAGACGAUUCAGCUAUUAUUUCAAGUCUAACCUCAAUAAGCGUGGUUCCUUUAUUACUUGCUGUUCUGCUCAUAUCAAUAAUGGAAUUGAUCACAGUUAAAUACUUUAAAAUUGCAGCAUUGGUUACAUCUAUCUAUCAAGGUUUUGGUGUAUCGAUGCGUCAGCAUUUCACUCGUCGUUCAUCAUGGCUCUGCUUGAUUCAAAUGCUAAUCUUAAUGUUUCCUGUAUUCGUCUUUAACGCUGCAUUCAGUACGCAAACUAUUGUAGGAACUGCAGAUUACAAGAUUGACACAUUGAGAGAUAUUAUCGAUCAGGGAAAGAUACCAUUUUUCAUUGAAGGUGUUUCAAUGCAUGACUACUUCAAAGCCAAAGUCACUAAAGAUUAUGCUGAUAACUAUGAACGGGCUGUUGCUGAAGGGUUCAAAGAGCCCUUUCCAUUAGGACCUAUUCCCUCACUUGAAAGAAAGGAAUUGAUGGUUACUUUCAUUUCUGGUGUUGGAAAGAAACUGGGUCCAUUAGCAACUUCUUCAUCUGAUUUGCUUGCGCCUAAUCAAGAACAAUAUUACUCAGCAAAACCUUUUCAUAAAUCAUUACAAGCUGUCCUUUUCAGCUAUAAUGCGUCCAAAUUACUCAGAAACAAUUUUGAUAUACUAUCUCGUCGGGUUAUCCAAAGUGGAAUAACUAAAAAAAUAGAAGGAGAUAUUUACAUUGACUUUAUUCUUUCCUUCAAUCCUGCAACCUUAUAUGACUUCCACAAGUCUGAAGUUCCUCGAAAAGUAGUCGAUCUCAGUUGGCAUUCAUUGAAUUACAGAGGAUUCUAUAAAAUAUUUUAUUUACUUAUCUUUAUGUUGACUCUGUCCAUAGUUGUUCUGCUUAUUGAGUUGGUCUUUGCUUUUCUCACUCAAUCCAAAUGAAUAAUAAGAAAAAUUUAUUAGAUACCAAAACUAGCGAAAAAUUAUUCACUUGCUAUUAUACAAUUGUUGUAUAAUAGUUUAAUUAAUUGUCAUCACUUGCUGCUAAAUAUUAUUAUUGCACUCAAGGAGAGCCAAUUUUGUAAUAAACAUCGUUGAAAUAGUCAAAGCUAAAUAGCCAAAUAAUGUAUGGAUGAUAAA